AAUGUAAGAUGAAUAUGAUGAUCAUGGAGAAGAUAAUUUCUAAGAUGAUGAAGAGUAUGAUCAAUUUAAUUAAAUUGAUUAGAUGGAUCAUAAUUAAUUUGAUAGUUGUAUGAUUUCACAUUAAUAUUUAAGCAUAGAAUGAAAAGAAUUAAUAGGACUUAAAAUAUGGAAAUAAUGCAGCUGAAUAAUAGAAACAAAUAGAAGAUAAAAUAUCAGAAGAUCUAGAAGAGAAACUUAAAAUGUUAGAGGAGUAUUCCAAAGAUAAAAGUGAAGAACAAAUUUUGAAUAUAAGAAUGCAUUAAUUGGCUUUAGCAAAAGUACAUUAUCAUAUUAAUUAAGAUACUUGUGUUUACUCAUAAUAAAGGACAAUUCAAAUUAGUCAAAGCACAUACAAAUAUAGGUGAAGCAUAUCUUAAUUAUAAGUGUUAUGAAUAAGCUAUUGAUCAUCUUACAUUAGCAUUAAAAAAGAAUAGCAAAUUAUUUAAUGAAGAAUCAGAGAGUAAGAGUUAUAAUUCAAUCAUUCUUACAUUACUUGGAAAAUGUUAUUUAGAAAUUAAUAGUUAUGAGGAAUCCUUAGAUUUAUUGAAAAAGGCUUAUGAAACCCAAUGUUAAAUAUAUGGGGAUGAAACUGAACACUCUAUCNCAAAAAGAGUACAUUUAAUUAGCAAUUGA